GGGCCGUUGGGCAAGGCGCCCGGCGCCGUGGUGACGCCACAGGGGCGCGCGCGGCUCUGACGCGCCCUCACGGUAACCGCCGGAAGAGCCGCCCGGAGCCGGGGAGAGCUGGAAGCGGCGGCAGUAUACAUGAAGCUUGAGAUCUGAACCUGCUAUGACUGACCCAGACGUCCUCACUGAGGUCCCAGCAGCUCUCAAACGCCUUGCCAAAUAUGUGGUGCGUGGCUUUUAUGGCAUUGAACAUGCUUUGGCUCUGGACAUUCUCAUCAGGAACCCCUGUGUGAAGGAAGAGGACAUGUUAGAGCUCCUUAAGUUUGAUAGGAAGCAGUUGCGGGCUGUCCUCAACACCCUCAAGGGUGACAAGUUUAUCAAAUGCAGGAUGAGGGUAGAGACGGCUCCAGAUGGCAAAACCACCCGUCACAACUACUACUUCAUCAACUACCGCCUUCUGGUUAAUGUGGUGAAGUACAAGCUGGACCACAUGAGGAGGAGGAUUGAGACAGAUGAAAGAGACUCCACCAAUCGCGCCUCUUUUAAAUGCCCCAUUUGCUUCAGCACUUUCACAGACUUGGAGGCCAACCAGCUGUUUGACCCCAGGACAGGAACUUUCCGCUGUACUUUCUGUGAGACUGAAGUGGAAGAAGAUGAAUCGGCGAUGCCCAAAAAGGAUGCAAGGACACUCGUGGCAAGAUUUAAUGAGCAGAUUGAGCCCAUCUAUGCGCUGCUACGUGAGACGGAAGAUGUUAACUUAGCCUAUGAAAUCCUCGAGCCAGAACCCACAGAGAUUCCUGCCCUGAAGCAGAGCAAGGAGCGUGCAGCUGGUACUGGUUCAGGGACAGCAGCUGGCCUUGCAGGUGGACACCAUCGGGAAGCAUGGACUACAAAAGGACCAUCAUAUGAGGACUUGUAUACCCAGAACGUUGUCAUCAGCAUGGAGGACCAGGAGGAUCUUAACCGGUCUGCAAGUGAAGGAAAGCCAGCCAGAGAGAGACCAAUUUGGCUACGGGAGAGCACGGUGCAGGGGGCUUAUGACCCUGAUGAAAUCAAAGAUGGGGGCCGGGAUCUGGAUGCCUUCCAGGAGCGUGAGGACGGCCGGGCAGCUCUGGAUGAUAAUGAGGAGGUGAUGCGUGCCCUGCUUAUCCACGAGAAGAAGACACCUUCUGCUUCAACAGUCACCAUCGGAGGUGCCGCUCCUCUCUCCGGUGCCAACGCUAGUGACUCCGAGAGCGAGACAAGCGAAUCGGAGGAGGAAUCCCCUCCCCGCCCUCCCGCCACGGCCACCUCAACGUACGGGCUGGAGGACGAGGAGGAGGAUGAAGAGUUUGAGGUGGUGGCAGAAGACCCCACUGUCACGGUGGCUGGGCGUCCACACUCGUACAGCCAAGUGAGCCAGCGCCCUGAGCUGGUGGCCCAGAUGACGCCGGAGGAAAAAGAGGUUUACAUAGCCAUGGGGCAACGCAUGUUUGAGGACAUGUUUGAUUAACUGCUUCCUGCCGUGGCAUUUUUUAAAAAGUGACUUUUUAAGCCAGAGACUCCCUAGUAAAACAGAAGACUGAAGCGCAUCUUUCCUCCCCUGUGCGCAGGGACACUGGGCCUUGGGACUGCUAAUCUCAGGCAUUUUGCUCACCAGAGCGGGGGAGCAGGAAGGCUGCUUGUGCCAAGACAGGUAGGGGAGGACAUUUCUCAGAAGUGAGUAAGCUUGCAAGGUAAAAAUCUGCUUCAGGGUGCCCUGCACAGGCACUGCUUUAACCUUCUCCAGGGCCCUAGCAGCUGCCUCCCCCCGAUUUGCUUUGAGUUGUUUUUUGUUGCAGAUCCUAGUGAAGUCCACAUCCCUGCCCUCAGAGGAUGUAAGGGCUCCGUAGUCUGAUCAGAGUGCUCUGCAGAGGAGAGCGUAAGUAACAUUACAGCUGCCAGUGCUCAGUGAGGGGAGAGGAGAGGGAAGCAGUCGUCUGCUGAUGGCAAACUUGGGCAGGGCUUGUAGCUGACCUGCCAGCAGCCACUGACCACUGGAGUGGCUAUUUCUAAGCAGGCCUGUAGGCAGCAACCUUUUCUUGCCCCCCUUCGCUCCUUACUAGGUCUCAGCACCUCAAGGUCGGGUGUAACUUGAAACACACAGAGUGAAAGUCUUGGCAAGCAUACACAGUCACUCUUUGUCAGUGUAAUGAAAGCCCUCCAUGGAUCUGAGCUGUCAGAGCGCUCUGACUUACCAGGAGAUACCUCCCUUUUCCAGUAUUGCUGCCUGUUGCUUCUGCCUAGCCCUGUCCAAACCAGUGUUGCAGACUGUUUGCAGUGGGCAGGGCUGCAUUCAGGCAGUUCCAGAGAAAUAGCUUAGGUAGGUUUUAUUUGCAGUCACACCAGGGCUGUAUCAUUUUAAGAGGAAUUAUGCAAUUUUGAAUUCUGCUUUGGCACACUCUUCUACCAUAGAAAAACAUUUAUCAGUGCCUACAGAGCAAUUUCAUAUUUUUAAUGUUUUUCUCUUCCAAUUGAAAAUGUUGUUUUUUAAAGUUGUUGUGUUUUCCUAUCCAGUACUACAAUAAAACAAAAUGAAAUGAUAAAAGAAUUUUGUGUUCCAGAGGGUAGGGGCAGUAUUAUGUGCUGUUCCAUUUACAUGGGCAGCAUGAAUUUGCUGUUCACUGAGACUGUAAAUCUGUUUUAUACUAACUAUGCUUUCUAUGUUCAGCUAACCUUGUAAUGCCUCCUUUGUGGUUUUAUUUUCAGCCUCUUGAUAUUUUGAAUCCCCUCUUUUUUUAAAUAGUGUUUUAAAUUUGCUUUUAAGUCAUUUUAAAGAGGAAUAAACAAACAGAAACUUCUCCCCUUUGUUAUCUUCCAAUUUGUCAUGUGCAUAGUUGGGAGUGUUGUUUGCUUAUCAUUUUGAUUUACUCAAUUCAAGAAAAAAAAAACAAUUUGAGGCUCUCCUUUGAGGGAAGGACUAUUUGAAAUCCCACUGCACAUUGUUUCUUCUCACCAGAGCUUCCCUGAAUGCCUCCUGGAAUCUCCUGCACUUCCAGGAGGGAUGUUUCAUUACACUGGUGCUGUGGGAGGCCCUUUUUGAUCAGUACUUCCAUUCCUUUCCUCCUUCCUCAAGGGAAGCGUAGGCGGAUGGUGGAGGUCUCACAGAUACUGUAUUGCUAGUUAAAAUGGUACUCUUGUGUUGACAGACUUCCACGAUCUGGUAUUAAGCUUCUAGAUAACAAGCCACAGAGCCGGUAAGUCAGACUCAGUGAUCAGCUAACAGAAAAAAAGUGCUGUACCAACUCUGUUUAGAUUUAAUCUGGUUGAAUUCAAGGUUAACACUGGAGAAGAGCAGGUAGAUUUACAAGUAGCCAAAGACAGAAACUGAGAACUAAUCCUGAAUACAGUACAACUACUCAUGCUUGUAACUCACCAGUAGUUUAUACUGAGUUUUUAGUCUGCAAAAGCAAACUGUAGGUUUAUUAAAGCUUAAGUGAAGAAAUACUGGGUUUUGCUAUAAGAGCACUGAUACUGCAUCUAUAUCCAGCAUGAUCAUCUAUAAAGUAGUGGUUUUACUUAAUAAACACAUUUAAUUGUGGUUUGUA